CCUCCAACCCAGGUCUGACCACCCAGCAGACACCAGAGAGGGUCCAGCGAGAGGAAGCGAUCAUGUCAGGGUCCAAAACCAACACAGAGGUGUUCACAGUGGCUGACGUGGGAGAGGAGGAGGUGGAGAGCGGCAGCAACAACAAGAAGAGGUGCAUGUAUGAGAGGUAUGUUCAGCCCUGCCUGGCCGAGCUGUUCGGGACCAGCCUGUUCGUGUUCGUGGGAUGUGCGUCUGUCAUCGGGAACGUGGGAGCAGGCGGCGUCCUCCAGCCGGCUCUGGCACACGGACUGACACUGGGCACGCUCAUCAUGGUGUUAGGGCAAAUAAGUGGGGGCCACUUUAACCCUGCAGUGUCUCUGAGCGUAUUCCUUUGUGGAGGGAUGGAGCUGCUCCUGAUGGUGCCUUACAUCACAGCUCAGACUGUAGGAGGGAUGAUCGGUGCUGCUUUGGCCAAGGUCAUGUACCCGACCAACUUGUACGACUCUGCCCUCGGAGGAGCCCUUCAGCCCAGCACCAGCGACCUGGGUAAAGCCACGAUGGCAGAGAUGAUGCUGACACUGAUCCUCACCACCGUGGUGUGCUUGGGCGCCGUCAACCGUCAGACCCGCUCACCGUCGGCUCCAUUCUGCAUCGGCCUCACGGUGACGGCUAACAUAAUAGCAGGAGGGAUGCUGUCCGGAGGCUGUAUGAACCCCGCACGAGCCUUCGGUCCUGCAGUGGCUGCCCAUCAGUGGGACCAUCACUGGAUCUACUGGGUCGGACCCAUGUGUGGUGCACUGCUCACUGUCACCUUCAUCAGGUUGUUCUUUGGCGACCAGAGGACUCGUGUUAUGCUGAAGUGAACAAAUAAGACGUCCCGAUUUCCCAGUGACUUCUCCAACACAUUUCUGUAACCAUUAGACUGUAAUAUUUAAAUUUGUCACGUGUAUUAAUAUUGUAUUUAAACUGUGAGCCGCUCCAACUGCUGGCUC